AUGUGCACCGACGAACGAUCAGCCAACGACUACGGCAGGAUCGACUACGCGACGACAAAUUACGGCUGCAUUAGCGCUCCUGAUGUGAGGUUUGCAGACUCGGGACGCUACGGCGACGGUCACGAAUCGACAGCUCUUUUACGACCUCAGAGUCGAAGCGACUCUAGCGUGUUCACCUCGUGCCUCAACUUCUCGCCGCUACGCUUCGCGCACUCCCGAAAACUGUCCGUCCUGCCGUCCGCUGAGGCAAAACACCUUCCGCUUGCUGACGACCGUGGCACGUUCUCCAAGCGAGACAAAGUGGUCAUUGCCAUGUUGGCGUUUGCGAAUCUCUCGGCGACCGUCAUUUACUCGUGUAUCGCCCCGUUCUUUCCGUCGGAAGCAGCGAUGAAGAAUGCGACUGAAACGUCCGUUGGAUUAAUAUUUGGCAUUUUCGAACUGACCAUCUUUCUCGUAUCGCCGAUCGUCGGACGCAUGGGAAUUCUGGAAACAUUCAGCGGCUUGGGAUAUUCGAUCGGUCCACCUCUAGGAGGUGCAUUGUAUGAGGUAAGAUUUUUUAGACAUGCUUGGGCAACGUGACA